UUUUUUAUUUUUUUUUGCCCCUCCUGAUUUUUUUUUUGGUUACAUUCUGGAAGAUUCCUUCCGCCAAGAUCUACUGAAAACCCCAGGAAGAUAAGACCAAAGUGCUUGUACGAAAUUUGUGCGGAAUUCCCAGCCAACUAUUUUUAUGUAAAUGACGGCAGCUGCCCGCCCGCUCGACGUCAGCAGGAGCAGGAUCAGGAGCAGCGGAAGCGGUAUUGGCAGCGGUAGCGGCAGCACAACGGCCAGCACCAGGAAGCCACCGCCGUCCGUGGAUCGACGUCGUCUUCCGAACAGGAUCUUGUCGCUGGUGACGCUCGCCUUGGUCAUGUGCCAGCUCCAGCAGUUAGCCCACUGCGGCGGCGGUGGCGGCGGCGUCUCGGCCGCCCCAACUCCAGGAUCCCUAUCCACCAACACCACGCUGAAGCACCUGCAAAAGCGGUCGGGGGUCAACUUCCGGGCCACCUUCCAGCAUUUGCUGAACGCCAGCAGCACGCAUCUCGAUUGGGAGAACACCUGCAACCACAGGCCCACGGGCUUGUCUGAGAAGCGGAACAAGACAAGACGUUGCCGGAAGCGACUGAUGAUCCUUCAAAGGCUGCAGAAGCAAACCGCCCGCGAGUUGCGAGGCGUACAGGACGACGACAAGGAGAGGAACACUGUGGACAAUAUGAACGGACUGGCCAACAAGACCAUCAAGGCCCUCGACAUCAGGAAAAUUCGGAAGUACAAGUUCCACAGAGUGCACUACGAGUUUCUGCCCCGUCUGAAAAACAGCAGUAAUCAGCUGAAUCUACGCCAUGUGCACCGCGACCUGCAGCAUUUUGUGGGCGCCUUUACCUACCUGCGCAACGCCCAGAUGCACUGGGACCUGGUCAAUUUGCAGGCGAGGAGCGUGCUGUCCGACGAUCUGUGGCGCAUGCGCAAGUCCGCGAGGGACAUGCUCUGCACCGUGGAGGACGUCAUCAACCUGACCAACCUGCUGUACACCCCCACGCGCAAGAAGGUGCGUCCCCAGGGCAGCAGCCAAAAGAAGCGGCGGCAGGCCCAGCCGGCGGUGACCUUUAGGAUCCAGACCCGCCCCGUGAUGGAGAAGUGGCUGCAGCAGUUCAGGUCAAACCCGGUGGAGCUGCACCAGCAGGCGACCUUGGCCGCCCGCGGCGAAGACGUUCCGCCGCCCCCCGACUCACCGUAUCUGAAGUUGGACGCGUUAUUCACCAAAUACGAGUUCGUGCAGUAUCUGAAGAGCAUCCGCGUGAUCCUCAGCCACCAGCGGCGUGAUCUGUGCAAGGUGCGGAGUACUACGACGACCACAAAGGCUCCGAGCCAGAUCCAGAACCAGAUCCAAAGCUAAAGGAGAGAGAGAGAGGGAGCUACGGCCACGGCUGGAAGCUCACAACCGGCGAAACCUCCAUUCCGAAACACGAGGCUCAUUCCAUGAAGACAUCCUUAAUUUAUUAAACAUCCUAUAUUUAUUACUCACGACACCACACCUGUCACGAAUCACGAGGAAUCCCAGAAAAUCCCAAGGCUAUGAACAACCGAAUAAGUAAUGAGAACAAUCAACCACAAAACCGAAUGAAGAUACCCAGUUUUCUCGAUAUCUCAUGACGAAUGUAAUUUUUUUUUCCGUAACUCUAAGUCCCAUUAUAUUAUUUAUUAUAACCACUCGCCAACAAUCUGCCGCACAUUCCGCUAGAUACUAAGUAUACUAAUAUAUACUUCGCCUUGUAUUACGAUGCUGUGAUAGUAGAUGAUUAAAGUAAACACAACGCUCCACGAUGGCCACAAGCUAUAUAUCUC